AUGCUCAGACUAGCCCUACAGCGCUCAGGCGUAGCUAUCGCAGCCUGCUACGCAGUUCCCUCAGCCGCCAUGUGUGGGACUGCGUGGUCGGCAAUGAUGGUUACAGCAGCAAGAGCAGCCAGAUUUGAAUCGAGACGCUACAAGGCGUCUAGCGCCCCUGCGACUACGCCGCAAAAGAGUGCUGGCUCGAGUCGGGGUCAUGGGAGUGGGACGUCGCAUGCAGGCAGCGGACAAGUCACGGGCAGUCCAUCCACCGCGGGGCACUUGAGCGGCAAUAGCAGCCAUAACGGAGCGACGGCAUCCAUGACGGUGUCCCAUGCAUCUGGCACCAAUAACAACAACAGCAAUAACAGUAAUGUUUGCAACAGCGGUGGGAGCGAUGGUGGUGGGAGUAGCGGCGGCGGCAAUGGGAAUAUGAAUAACAGCGGUGGCGUCUCCUGGCUGAGGCGAAAAAAACAGACGAAGAAGGUGUUGAAACGAAAGGCAGGUCUGAAGAAAAAGCAAGUGAAGAAAUCGGUGUCAGUGGCAAACACGGCGUCUGCACACAUAGGCGGGGGAGCAUCACGCAAUGCGGCGAGUGGCGGGGCCAAUACAACUUCUUCCACCACCCCUACCGUGACCGCGAGUAGGGCGGUAAAUUCUCGUCGCAUAAAAAGAAAGCUCGAGCCGAAGAAAAAAAAAAUGGCGACACCCAAGCUUCGUGUGUGUGUUCUCAACAGUAGUUACGAGGGCAGCGACUCUGUGACGGCUGAUAUUGACAACUAUCACUGCAGUCCUGCGCACUGGGUGAAAGACAAGAAACGGUAUACAUUUACGGAGGUCUCCUUGCGGAAGAGCGAGUCCUAUCUUCGGGUGCGGGAAUUGGUGACAUCAAACAACUUUGAUGUCUUUUUCAAUCUUUGUGAUGGUGGGAAGGAUGAGAAGCGGGCGGGCGUUGAAGUGGUGGAGGCGCUUGAGGAACACAACGCUGCAUUCACGGGCACAGACUCGCAUAGUUUUGAGCCCAGCAAGAUUGACAUGAAGCUCCUCGUUGGUGCGGCGGGUGUGAACACGCCUAAUUUUGUGCUUCUGGAGAGCACGGAGGGGCUGGCAAAGAAGUGUCGCCACCUGCGGUUUCCCGUCAUUGUGAAACAUCUUUCCGGGUACGCCUCUGUUGGCAUUCACAAGGACAAUCGAUGCGACACUUUGGAUGAACUCAAAGUGAAGGUGCGAGCCUUUUUGGCGGAAUUUAACCACGCGCUCGUCGAGGAGUUUAUUCGCGGCCGUGAGGGCACCGUUCUCGCCUGCGCGGACCGCGGGAGCCUUUUUGGUGUGAAGGUCUUUAAGCCACUCAUGUUUAAGUUUUUACAGAACGACGAUGAUUUUGCAUACUUUGAGAAGAAGUGGACGAUGGAGUGCAAUGAAAACGCCUACAGUUUCCUGCCGCACAACGACCCCGCCUACCCGCAAAUCAUUGACACGGCCCGCAACGCAUUUCGUCACAUCAUGAAUGGAGUUGGUUACGGCCGUGUUGACUUCCGCAUUGACCCAAAGGGCGACGUGUAUUUUUUGGAGAUCAACCCAAACUGUGGGAUGUGGUACAAUCAGAAGGACGGGGGUGACUUUGCAGAUGUGAUGGUUCAGGGCGAUAAGUCAUGGGACCAUGACCGUUUCAUCCGCAACGCUAUCAUUCGUGCGGUGCGGGAGCAGGCGGCACGUCGCCCGUGGUACUUCAUCAGUCAUGACUCCAAGGGGAACUUCUCCACACGUGCAAGCAAAACUGUGCGCGCUGGUAAAAGUCUGUUUAGCGACGCCAUUCACCCCAUUCCUGUCGUUGCUCAGGCGCUCUACAAAUUGGGCGAGGAAGACCCCACAGUUGGCUGCGUCAUUCUUCGUGGAGAUCGACCGCACCAGGCGGUGGCAAUUCGGCACUCGUGUGAACCAAAUAUGCAGUUUAUGCAGGGUCGUACACUCACUCUUGUUUCGAAGCGCAGAAUAAACGUGGGAGAGGAAUUGACUGUCGACUACGCAACGCUGUGCGAUGAAAAUAUGCCACCCUUUGCGUGUAGCUGCGGGACAAGUAACUGCCGAAGUGUUAUUUUCCCUUCGGCUCCCACGCCACGGACGUUGGAGGGGAAGAACAUACGGCAGAUGUUGCGGGAAAAGAAGAAGGCAUGGUACAAGGAGAAGGAGGAUCGUGAAGCGGAACGCAUAUUAAAGAAACGGGCCUCGAAGGGAAAAGGCAAUAGCGGCUCCUCAGCCUCAUCCCCAUCAUCAUCGCCUUCCGUUUCGAGCACAUCCGCCGCAGGCGUGUCGUCUAAUGCUGCUACUGGUGUCAAUGGGAGUAGCAACAGCGGCAGUGUGGCGCAUGGCAUAAAUUCCAAGAAGUAG